AUGGAAUAUUUUGAUUUAGAAAAUCUUGAAAAGAAGGCUGAAAAACUGAUAAAAGAAAUAGACGAAAUUAAGCUUACCAAAGAGUUUACGAAUUCUCCUAACUCCCCCCUCCGUGAGUGAGCAAAGCCAUUAGAAAAAUCGCUAUUGUUUGCCCAAAAUCCACCUUCCGUGAGUGAACAAAAAUGUUUUUAAUAGAAAAAUUUUUUAUGGAAAAAAAAAUUUGAUAUAUAAAUGAUAAUUAGUAUAAGGAAAUCUUGAGCUAAUUCUGUUUAAUUUUAAACGAAUUGCUUUUUAAAACAUAAAUUUUAUAAAUUAAAUUAAUAUUUGCUUUCCGAUUUUUGCGAAUUAGGAUUUUUUUAAAUUUCGAAAAAAAAAAUUUUUUAUAAAAUUUAUAUAUAAAUUUUUUUUAAAAAAAAAAAAAUUAACUCCGUGAGUGAACAAAAUUUUUUUGUUCACUCACGGAGGGGGGAGAGUAAUAGAAAUCUGGAUGAAUUAGGGGUUGUGUACUGCUUGACAGGGAAUGAUGCAGCGCUUUAUAGUAAACUUAAGCAAUGCUAUAUUAAGCAGCAGUCGAGUGAACAGUUAGAAUUUAAAACAGUUUUGGCAGGAUAUGCUGCUGGGAAAUACUCUGAAGCACUGUUUUUGGCAAAAGAUUUACUGGUAGCAAACCAAUCUAUUGAGAUUUUUCAAGUGAUUAUAAAGAUUUGUGUAAAUCAUUUGCUUAUACCUGAAUGGGCAGUUCACUAUGCAAAAAUUGGGCUGGAGUCCCACCCAGAGCAUCCUUGGCUUUGCUUUUCAAUGGGAAUUGCUUAUUCUUUGCUUGGCGACCAAGAAGUUUACUAUAAAGAUAAAGUUACAUUAUGAGAAAAAUCAAGAGAAAGCUUACAACUCUGCAAGUCAAAUAGAAGAAAUUAUUUAUAUCAUCUAGCAUUAAUAGAAGCCAAGCUUGGAAAUUUAGACGAAGCAUUAAGAAAUGCUGCAGAAGGCUAUAGGCUUUGCAAUGAUCCUUACUAUAGUGCUUUAUUAAGCUUGAUUAUGACAGCCCAAGAAGAUUUUACAGGAUCUUUACAAGUGAUCAAAAGAGGACUGCAAGGGUGUCCUUCUAAUAUUCUAUUAAGAUCUGCAAAGUAAGAACAAUUUAGAGUUUAUACAUAUCUAAAUCUAUCAAAAAUAACACAAGAUAAAGCCCCUGUGAAAAAAUCAAUUAUUUCUUUAUUAAAAUCCAGUUUAGAAUUUUUAGAUAAUGCUUCAACAAUACCUGCAGACGAAAGAAUUGCAGGCUUAACAAGCAUAAAAGAAGAAAACUCAAAUCCUGAGCACGAUAGCUUACAAGAUGUCAUUAAAUUAGCUGCGAAUAAUUCCCACAAUCCCAAUUUUCAACAAGCACUCAGACUUGCCUUUGAAGCUGCUUUUGCAAUUCAAGAUGAAGAAUUGAUUGAAUUUAGCUUAAAUAGCCUCCAAGAUAAAAAAGCUGAACAAGCGAUAUAUGAGUUUCAUAAAACUGGGGACAUAAAUGGGCUUGAUAAUUUCAUAGAAAACUUAAAAGCUUGCGAACUGCUUGCUAAAGGGAGAUACGACUCUGGAGACAAAGCCAGAGCAAUGAGCGCUGCUAAUCAAGCAAUUUCACUUGACAACAAUUCAGCUGAAGCUUGAAUAAUUUUAGGGAAAAUUCACAAGGACUAUAAUCAGCUUUCUGAAGCAAUGAAUUGUUUUGUGGCAGCCCUUAAAUGUGCGAAUGUGAGGUUUUCUAUUCUUCCAGUCUAUAUUUAA